CUUCAGAGGAGGAAGCAGUCUGAAAUGCAUUACAGGUGUGUGGGUUGCCGAAUUUCAGAUGCUCCCCUUUCAUUUUGUCUCUUAUGGACAAGAUGAAUGAUGCUCCAGGCUGUGUGCUGACUCCAGGAACCAAGAAGGAGCUUCUUCCCAAGGACAAGGAAAAUGUUGUAUGCCCAGAUCCUUGCCUUGGCAGUGGCUGUGGUGCAGUACAGAGCUGUGGCCGUUCAUGAAGCGUGCAGGACAGCAGAGGUGGCCGACAUUUUGUUCCUCGUGGGGCAGUCACAGGGCACAGGAAGGGAGAACUCCCAGCUGGUCAAGGACUUCAUUAGCAGCGUGGCCCGUUCCUUUGAGAACGUGGUGAUGGGCAAAGGAGGCAUCCGGCUGGCGGUGGCACUCUACAGGGAGAAAGCAAGGAUGAGUAUCGAGCUCACGGAUUACAUUACAAUUGAAGAAAUGCUAGUGGCAAUUCAGGAUCUCUCCCUCAAAGGUGGCAGCUUAAAAACAGGGUCAGCCCUGGUGUUUGCAGCUCAUGCCAUGUCUCGCCAGGACACGCUGCGAGAGGAUGCAGCAAAGGCAGUUGUUUUGGUCACGGAUGGGAAAUCCAGCGAUUCGGUUGAAGAUGAAGCCCGGGUCCUGCAGGACGGGGGUGUGACAGUGUUUGCUGUAGGAAUUAAGGGUGCUGACAAGAAUGAACUGAACAAAAUAGCUUCAGAGCCCACUGCAGAACAUGUGCUUUACAUUGAAGAUUUCCACCUGCUCCACAGCAUGGCCCCCAGACUCUCUCGAAGGCUCUGUUUCACUGCCUCGGAGCCACCACGGCCCAUCAAGCAGACUGUGCAAGCUGAGAAGAUCAUCGGCCCACGGGAUUUGCACGUCAGUGAGCACAGUCACAGCUCACUGCGACUCACCUGGGUGCCAGCUACAGGGAGGGUGACAGGCUACCGUGUCCAUCUGCAUCCCUUGCUGCCUUCAGGGCAGCCCGAUCCAGAGGACCAGCAGCAGCAUCCCCUGUUCCUCUUGCUGCCAGGAUUGUUCAACUUGAUUGUGGUGGAUGGUGACAAAAGCACCGUGCUGGUGACUGACCUGAAACCCAACACCAAAUAUGUCUUCACGGUGAGGGCUGUCUAUGCAGAUGCCCUUGGGGAGUCAGCAGCUGUCAAAGGGAAAACAACACCCGUGCCUCCAGUCACUAAUUUUCGUGUGAUAGAAGAAGGACUGUUUAGCUUGAAGGUGGCUUGGACACCUCCACUGGGCAAGCUGGAGGGCUACAAGAUCUACAUCCCCAGAGCCAACAGACCAGGAAUGACCUACGAGCAGGUUCUACGGGGUGAUGUCUCUUCCCACGUGCUGGAUAACUUGCAGGAGGAUAGAGAAUACAGCAUCAGCAUCUAUGCAGUGUACCCCCAGGGGCCAAGCCAGCCUGUGGCUGCUGUGGGGAGAACAUUGAAGCUCCUGCCUGUGAAAAGCAUCUUACUGCAGAAUGAAACUACCGACACACUCCAGGCAAGGUGGAGCCUCGUCCGGGGAGCGACGGGCUACAGGCUCACUUGGACAUCGGCAGAGGGCAGCAUCCAGGACGUGAACCUCAGCAGCACCUACAGCUACUACAUGAUCCAGGGGCUGCAGCCUGGGACAGAGUACACCGUCACCAUCAACCCCAUUUUUGGGGAUGUCGAGGGGCCGGUGGUGAGCAGAAAAGCAACGACAGUGGCAUCAAGCACCGUCCAGAUGCUGAAAGUGAGUGAGAUAUCUAUCAACAGUGCUCUUGUCUCUUGGGACUCGGUUGCUGGGGCCACCGGGUACCGAGUGGCUUGGGGUCCUACACCAGAGUUCUUUGGCAAAGACCGUCCUCGACAGCUGGCCCUCAACAAGUCAAUCACAGCCUACCAGCUCCGCAACCUGGCCCAUGACACUGAGUACGUGAUUUCCCUCUAUGUGCUCUUUGGCUCAGUGGAGGGACCAGGGAUCACAACCUCAGCCAGGACAUCUCCUCUUGGCUAUGUCUCCAAUUUCAAGGUGAUGUCCUACACCAGCACAAGCCUGUCUCUGGUGUGGAGUGCCACGGCAGCUGCUACCAAGUUCAAAGUCACCUGGAGCCCUGUGGGAGAAGGCAAAGAAAAACAGGUUGCCAAGACUCAGUACCUGAGCAGUAGAGUGCUGGCUUACCGGAUUGACCACUUGCUGCCUGACACCCUGUAUAAAGUCAGUGUUCGGGCUGUCUUCAGCAAGAGUGAGGGGCUGGAGGUGACUCUGACUCACCGCACAGCAUCUCUUGCAGACUCCAAUCCCAUCCAGACCAUCCAAGAUCUCAGGAUUACUGACACUGGCAUAAAUAGUUUGAAGCUGGCUUGGAGGAGGCUUCCUGGAGUAACUCACUAUAAGAUAUCCUGGGUGCCAUUCAGUGGUGGCUUGGAAACCUCCCAGCUGGUUGCAGCAGACACAGUCUCCUUCACGAUCCCCAAACUGAAGGAGAGCACCACCUACACCAUCUGCAUGUCUGCAGUGAUCGGGGGACGGGAGGGAAGCCCCACGCUCCUCACAGCCAAAACCUUGGAUUUACCCAAAGUGACUGAGUUCACAGUGCAGGAGGCUGCAGAGACCAGCGUUUUGCUGACUUGGACAGCUGUUCCUGGAGCAUCCAUGUACUUAUUAACAUGGCGCUUGUCCUCAGCUUCUGAUCUUUCCCGGGAACUGUUAUCAGCAGCUUCUAGAUCGUAUCGAGUGGCAGGACUGAGUGCCAAAAAAAUGUAUUUGUUUUCAAUAAGACCAGUCUUUGGAGAUACAGAGGGACCAGAGACAACACUCCUUGGGCAAACAGCGGGACCUCACAGAGAGUCACCUGCACCAACUGUUCCAGUGACUUCUACAAAACAAGAUACUAUGAGAUCCCCACCCACAUCUCCUGGCAAUGUGGGGACCACUCCUCUUCCACUGGCCACCACCACAAAGCUACCAGCAACCCCAGAGACCCCUGUAGUGUCUGCACUGCUGACAACUCCUCCUGGGCCAAUCUGUGGCAAGUUCAAAGCAGAUGUUGGGUUCCUGGUGGACGAGUCCUCAAGUAUUGGCCAGAGCAAUUUCAAUAAAGUGAAGGAUUUCCUCUUCCGCAUCAUUUCCUAUUUCCCUAAGAUUGGGCCUGAAGGGACACAGGUUGCUGUUGCUCAAUACAGUGAGGAGCCCAGGGCAGCCUUCUACUUCAACCAGCACCGUGACCGCAACAGUGCCCUGAAAGCAAUCAAGGGUCUGCGCUAUGCUGGAGGCAACACAAAAACAGGUCGUGGUAUAGCCUACAUGCUAAAGGAGUUAUUUCAGUCCUCCAGAGGGAUGAGACCAGAUUUCCCUCACAUGAUGGUGCUCGUGACUGAUGGGCAAUCCCAGGAUGAUGUGUUGCCACCAGCCAGAGUAGCCCAUGCUUUGGGAAUCCGAAUCAUCGCUGUGGGUGUCUCAGGAGCUGACCCUGUUGAGCUCAACAACAUCUUGCUGCAGAAGAACCUCCAGAACCUUUUCUACGUCAGCACGUUUGAUGACUUCCCCCAGAUCCUCCGAGAGCUGAUAGAAGUAAUUUGUUCUGACCCUCAGCUUUCAGGGACCCAGAUGCCAUCUGGGGAGGUUGCCAGACAUGAAGCCAACAAGCAGUUGCCACUUGGUGGCACAGGGAGCAAGCCACACAUCCCUGAUCCAUCAUCAGCUGAACCACAUAUCCAAAAAGAAGAGGAAGCUUGUGGUCCCUGGUGUUUAAAGAGCUUCAGGGGCUCACCAGCUCAUGGAGGCUAUGACCCAUACAGCUUUACCACAAAGGGAGAGAAAGGAGAGCGGGGUCUGCCUGGGAAGGAUGGCAUUCCUGGGCUGCCGGGCAGACCGGGGCGGACAGGUCCUCCUGGUCCCCCUGGAAUCAGGGGUCUCCCUGGCAUCCAGGGUGAUACUGGAUCUCCUGGCUAUCCAGGACCAGUGGGGCCAAAAGGAGACAGAGGUGAACCAGGCUAUGUCCUUGGAGGUGUGGAGGUGAUUCCUGGCCAAAAUAGGCAACCUGGCCCCCCAGGACAGAAAGGGCAGCCAGGUGUUCCUGGGGUGGCAGGACCACCAGGUUUACCAGGGCCACAGGGGCCACCAGGGAUCUCCAUCAAGGGUGACCCAGGGGAUUCAGGUGUCAGGGGCCCUCGUGGGAGGAAUGGCCUCAAGGGUGACAGAGGAGGCAUGGGAGAGCCGGGGAAACCUGGCUUGCCGGGCCCUGUAGGGCUAGAUGGUGUUCCUGGAUUGCCUGGACCAAGAGGAGAAAAGGGGAUGACAGGAACUGGUAUUCCUGGCACUGUUGGCCCAAAGGGAGAAGAAGGAAAGCAGGGGGUGAUGGGACCUCCAGGAGCAGCAGGACCUAAGGGUGACAAAGGGCAAGGUGGUGUUAAAGGGGAGAAGGGACUCCCAGGACCUCCAGGGCAGAAGGGAGACCAAGGGAACCCAGGAUUUCCAGGUGCUCCAGCUAUGGGGGUUUUGGGACCUCCAGGCAAGAAAGGUGUCAGGGGAGAUAUUGGGCCAACAGGGGCCCUGGGACCACAAGGAAACAAAGGAAUACAAGGGGACAAAGGAGAGAAGGGAAGUCCAGGUUUUGGCAUUCCUGGUCAGCCUGGGCUGAAGGGAGAUCCAGGCGACAGGGGAAACGUAGGUUUGUCUGGCAAACCAGGUCAGAAGGGAGAUAUAGGUCUGAAGGGAGAGAAAGGUGAACCAGGAUUACCUGGGAAACCAGGCAAGACCGGACUAAGAGGUAAAGAUGGAGAACCAGGGAAGAAAGGCACCUCUGGGACCAAGGGAGAAGCUGGUGUCCCUGGAGAACCAGGAGAGAGAGGAAUCAGGGGACCACCUGGACUCCCAGGCCGGCCUGGAGAGCAGGGGAUAAAGGGCGAUACAGGACAGCCUGGGAAGGAUGGAAUCACUGGAGAGAAGGGAGACAAGGGCGAAUCUGGUGAACCUGGGCUGCCUGGGACUCCUGGAAGCAUUGUAUCUUCUCUGGAGAACACCAUCACCCUGAAAGGCGACAAGGGGGAUCGUGGGAAGGAUGGCUUGAAAGGUGAAAGAGGUCCUCCAGGCCCAAAGGGAGAACCUGGUCCACCAGGCAAAGGAGUGGAAAUGAAGGAUCUGGAGAGGCUUUUUGAAGCAAAUGGUAUCAAGCUGGCACUGCUGAAGGACCUCUCCAACGCACUCCUGCAGGAUGGGCUGGAUGGGCUGGUGCAGCAGCUGGGUGGCUCCAGGACAAGCAAGACCUCCCAGAGAAAGCAGGCAACUCUGCAAGCCACCACGCAUGGCGAUUUGCUGGUGUUUGAUACUUCUCAUGAUGCCCUGGCCAGCACCGAGGUGACAGAAGAAGCACAGAGCCUGGAGGUGGAGGCUCAGUUUAGGGUGCCUGUGUCUGGAGGACUCCUUAAGGGUCUAUCUGCUGGUGGUUCUGAACCUGAGUACGAGUCCUUAGGAAACCCUCCUGAGUCCUUGGAGAAAACACCUGAGGAAAGAAGGAACGAGAGAGACUCAAGAGGGACAAACAUUUCUCUCAGCAGUAGCUUGGCUGUGUCCCCACCACACCCAGAAGAUGAUCGGCAAGGAAGUCAGCCCAUGGAGCUUCUCAAGUCCUUGGAGGAGGGGAUGGAAGGACAACAGGACGUCAGCCAUGAAAAUGUGAGUUUAGACGAUGGCUCUGCGCUCCCAAGGCACGUUAGAGCCAGGAGAUCUGCUGAGCAUGAGACACACAUGGUUCAUCCCCCUGGUGCCCCGGGAGCUCGAAAAUCCCCAUCUGGAUCCACGGCGUACCCAGACCCUGACCACCCGAGGAGAAUUAAGAAAGAAGAAACUGGCUCAGAAGAUCCACCCUCCCAUGGCCAAAAGGGAGAAAUGGGAGCUCCAGGAGUCCAUGGAGACAAAGGAGAAAAGGGGCAGCCUGGGGAGAAGGGGGAACCUGGAGAAAAGGGCACCAAAGGAGACAGGGGUGAAAAUGGUCAAAAGGGAGAACCAGGAAUUGGGUUUAGAGGUCCCGUUGGUCAGGCUGGGACACCUGGAUUUAAGGGUGAGCCAGGGUCCCCAGGACCUCCAGGAGCUCAGGGCAUCCAGGGCAUUCGUGGCAAUGCUGGCACCCCCGGGUCACAGGGGGACAGAGGGGCUCCAGGUCUGCCCGGGAUGCCAGGACAGAAGGGGGAGCGUGGGAAGAGAGGCCGGAAUGGAUUUGCUGGGCCCACAGGACCAUCAGGAUCCCCAGGAAAAGAGGGGAUUCCCGGGAUACCUGGACCCAAAGGCAACAAGGGAGAAAUUGGCAUUGGAGCAGCUGGCCCAAGAGGUCCUCGUGGACUGCCUGGCCCUCGGGGUGAUGAGGGCAUCGUGGGAGUCCGGGGCCCCACUGGCAUGAUGGGUCUAAAAGGCUUGCCAGGUGUGAAAGGAGAAAGAGGUGAUCGGGGACUUCUGGGACCCAAGGGAGAAAGAGGGGAGCCCAUGACUAUUUUUGGACCCCAGGGCUAUAAAGGCAGUAAAGGAGAUCCUGGUGAACAGGGUCUGCCAGGUUUUGAUGGAGACAAAGGCGAAAAGGGAGAGGAUGGGCCUGUAGGAGAAAAGGGAGUCAAAGGUGAAGCUGGCUCCAAGGGAGCGAUGGGGCUUUUUGGAACAAGAGGACCGGUGGGGCAGAAGGGGGACCCAGGAGAACCAGGCUUGCCGGGCUCUGCUGGUGCAGCAGGUCUCAAUGGGAAGAAUGGAAACAAGGGAGCCAAAGGUGACAGGGGUCUUCAGGGGCAGAAGGGGAAGCCGGGAGGGAAAGGUGAUCCUGGGACCACGGGUGACAUCGGGCAGAAAGGAACAAAGGGCUUACAAGGCCUUCCAGGACGCACCGGUGCUCCCGGAGCCAAAGGCACCAAGGGAGAAAUUGGCAGUCCUGGAAAAGCAGGGAUCCCAGGGCUGGAUGGAUCCAACGGACAAAAGGGUGAACAGGGAGAAUCAGGAGACGAUGGUGCCUCGGGGAUUCCUGGGGAGAAAGGAGAAAAGGGGGCCAAGGGAGUGCCUGGCUUGGGAGGCUUCAAAGGACAAAUGGGAUGGCCUGGGAAGACUGGAGCUGUGGGACCAGAUGGACCUCAAGGGCCACAGGGUGAACCAGGGCCACAGGGUCCACGAGGGAAAAGAGGGAGAACUCAGCUCUGCCUCAGGGGACCCCCAGGCGCGGACGGGCAAAAAGGAGAAAUGGGUGAAAAUGGUCCAGCUGGCCAGAAAGGAGAAAAGGGAGAUCCUGGUCUUUCUGAGGAAGAGGUGAAGGAGGUGGUCAGGACGGAAAUGAGAGGCAGAUGCGAUUGUGGAGGUGAGUUGAGAAGGAUGCUCAUGGAAAGGGGUCUGGAGGCAGCUGAAAUCAACAGGCAGCUCCAAGGGUAUUUUCAGCCUCAGGAAUACACCAGAAGGGAUGGUGAAAGCCAGGAAGAAAUGCUUAACAAAACUCAGAGCGUGACCACAUUGGUGACUUCGGUGAAACCCUUCGUGGAGACACUUUCACUUAUUGCAGCAGCUCCCCGGGCACGGCAGAUAACGGGUUCCUCUCAGCACAAGCGCCGAGAAGUCCACAGUCAAUUACCAGCCCCUUGCCUGCAGCCAAUGGACGAGGGAUCCUGCCGGCACUACGCCCUGCUCUGGUAUUACCAUGCAGAGGCCGACGCCUGCCGGCCCUUUGUCUUCGGGGGAUGCCGAGGGAACAGCAACCGCUUCGAAACCAAGUGGAAAUGUGAGCAGCGGUGCAAAACCUCAGCAGAUGUUUCCUUCCAACCGGAGAUAUGACGCCCAUGUAACAGCAGGCACAUACCACGUGUACAGGCGCUGCUUUCUCCUAAUAAAAUCACCGUGAAGACUCCAUGUCUGGCAUGCGGGUUUGCCUCCUGCAAGGACAUCGUCCUGCACCAACUCUUCCCAACAGUAAAACAUUUAAUGGCUAAAUAACACAUAUAAAUACACCCUAGUAUCUACUCAGGAGAUGGGUUUCAC